CUGUCCCCGGGGUACCUCUUCUUCACUCACAGGUUCCUUUAUGCUUCAUAGCCUGUGAGCAGAGGUGCGGAGCAGGCGGCGCGGAGGGUACAAAGGGCUUCUAGGAGAGUGCGAGGGAGGAAAUAGAGGGCCAGAGGACACAGCUGCAGACAGGCAGGAGUGACUGCUGUUCUGCUGCACAGUGGAGCAACUGUGAUCAAUACUGUGUUUUGAGACAGGCUCCCAUGAGGGAAGCAGCGUGUCAGGGCUGGGAGAACUUGUGGGAGGCCUUUGAUGGCAGAACUGGGUAUUUACAUUUCUGAGUCAUACUAUUCACUCUUACUGUAUGCUAAUGCCUGAAAAGAUACUUGAAAGUUUGGAGAAAGCAAGUCUUGGAGACUGAGGAUUAGUACUGAUUCCACUCCAUCUCACAGCCAUAUUUCUCUGGAAAUAAUGACUUUGACCUACAGUGUUCCUUCAGGUCUGAACCACAUGAAGUAGCAGCAGGGUCCUUGAUAAUUUCCUACUGUGUACCAUUGGACAAAAAUUUCCUCCGUGUUUUACUGGACAGAAAACUAAUCCAAAGGCUCAGCCAUAUAUUUAGGGUAACAGUAAACAAAAUCUAAGUCAAGUUACUUGCAGAAGGGAAAAUGUGCCCCCAAAUGGUCAACACUUUUGUAUGCUGGCAUUUCAUCUUGUGGAUUCACAAAGUCAGUAACCAGAAGGGUGCAUGUUUGCUUGUUAGACUUCAGACUGGGAUGUGGAAGUCAUUUCUGUGUGAUGUUCAGUGAAGCUUACGGGUGCCAACUGGUCAGAGGUGACCCCACUUCCCAAACUGCCCUGGAAUGUAGUUCUGGCGUGGCUUCGUUAAUAUAAACACGCAUUUAGUAACCGAACUUUCAGGUGGUGGACUCCCAGAGAAAACAACCAGCUUUCUUGAGAGGAGGGCACAUUUGCAGGUAGCGGGUGGCACAACGGACCAGGUGUCUGCACAGUCAGUAACGCUCCGCAGAGCGGCCAGUGCCAGGUGGGAGAGGCGGACCUCGCAGGCCAUAGUGAGAAGUUCGUGCAGCGGGCAACCCCAGCCAGGCAGAAAAGGUGUGAGGGUCGCCCACAGUAUCCAGAGAGCCCUUGGAGAAAGGAGUGGGAGUGGGCAGGCGGCUCCUGCAGCCAGGGUCCCUGGGUGCCCCGUGGGCCUGCUUACCCCGCCCCCAGGACCGUGCUCCCCUGCUUUCUCCACCCCUCCCAUCAGCCGGCCCCGCGCGCUUGCUGUGCCCCGCCCCCACCCCUGGUGGAUCCGCCCCUGGCCCCUGGCUGGUCCGCCCCUGGCCCCUGCUUGCCCCCCUCCACCUGUAGGCCUGGAUCCCUGCGAUGAGGCCUGCAAGUGCAGGUGACACCGGCGAGUGCUGCGCCCUAUGGGGCCUCGCAGAGCGACGAGCACAGCAGCUGCAGCGUCAAGUGCGGGUCAAAGAAGAAAGCAUAGUUGAACUGGAAACAGAAAAUGCUAUUCUUCAUCUGAAAUUGGCAGAGUUCUGGAGGCUGGGAGCCCAAGAUGGAGGCUGUAUGGAUCGGGUGUCUGUGAGGCCGCUCCUCCCGCUGGCCCAGCUAGGUGUCCUCCUACGGUGGGAAAGCAGAAGAGCAGGAAGGGCCUCCGCUGCUCCGUCCAGCUCUGCUUUUGUAGGGAACUGGUCCAUUUGUGAGAGUGGAGCUGGGAACUUCAUCACCUCCCCUUCCAAAUGCCCCCACAGUGGGCUGGCCCCCCAGGAAUCUUGGAGGCCACUGAAGCCACAGCAGCCAAGGCCUUCCAGCUGCAGAAUCCCUGCGAGGGCCCUGGGUCCCCCCUUGUGCUCAGGAGCCCGCUCUGCUGAGCAUCCUCCUGGGAGCCCUGGGAGCCAGCACCAGCGCCCGAGUCUCUGCCGUCUGCUCUCACGGCCUGACCCGCUUCCUGGCAGGUGCUUCCUGGCACCUCCAGUUCCUGGUGGUCCUUUUGGUGGCGAAAAAACACAACCUCCUGCCUCCAGUGACUCAGGGCGCCACUUGCUCACCCUUGGACUGGUCCGGGGUGCCGCCCCUUGCAGCUGCUCCCGGAAGGGCAUCCCCCAGCACGACAUGCUGAAAGUGUGACCGCUCUGCAGAGGAGCCGCUCUCAGGUGGACUGACCAGACUCAGCGUGGAGGGGGAUCCUUCCUCAGCUGAGGCCAGGCAGCUUCUUCCUCUCCCCCUCUUCCCCUCUCUCUCCCUCUUCCCCGCCCUCCUCUGCUCCCUCCCUCCCUUUCUUUGUGGUACUGGGCACUGAACCCAGGGACACUCUGCCACUGAGCCACAUCCCCAGCCCUUUUCAUUUUAUUUUGAGGUAGGGAGGGUCUCUCUAAAUUGCCCAGUUAGCCUCAAACUUGUGAUCCUCCUGCCUCCGCCUCCCAAGUCUCUGGAAUUAGAGGUGUGUGCCAUAGUACCUGGCUCUCCUGUUUUCAGUGUCCCCUCUCCUGAGUCAGGUCCAGCACCCUUGCUCCACUGACAGCCUCUCUCUGCGCUUACUGGCUGAUUCCUCGGCCUCCCUGGCGGCAGGACAGCCCAGCUCACCUGUCCACUCCCUGCUCCUCCACAGUCUUUCCUUCCUGUUACCUGAAACCAAAUCACCCGGGCUCUCCUCCAGGCUGCUGUCAGUGCCAGCUACUCUUGUGCUAGGUCCUCUGAGUCUCUGUCCCUCAUGUGGUCAGCAGAAUGGACUUCCUGAUUCCUCUGGAUAUAGGAGUCAGUCCUGUUAGAGAGUUUGUUUUGCUUUAGUUUUUUCUUCACCCAAACGAAGAGAAGCCGUUAGCUGCGAAUGCUCCUUUACUCCAGUGUCCACCGCAGGCUGCCGCACGCGGGGCAGCCCGUCUCCUGUGGUGCGCGUUGGCCUGCAGGGCAGCCUGGUGCGUCCCCCGGGCUCCCUGCCCUGGCCUUCUACUGAACUUCUGUGCGCUGGUGGACAGUUCCACGGAGCAAAUGGACUUCCUGCCUCGUCUGCCCCCCGCAGACACCUCUGGAAAUCUCCCUGCUGACCCGGCCCUCCCUCUCCCAGGCUUUGUGAGGGAACCUGUCCACUCACCUGGGCCCAGUGCACACUGUGCCAGCAACUCAAAUUCUGGUUGGCUGGGAGUCCAGGGCUCUGCCUCCCCUAAACGGUGAACUCACACCCUCUGGGUCACCUCCCAGAGGCCCACCAACAGGCUCCCUUCUCUGCCCCUCUGAAGAAGACGCUGGGGGUCCAUCGCGCCUUCCCACGGCUUUCACGCUCUGCUGGAAUGCGUGGUGCCUCCUCCUGUGAGUGCAGGCUGCGGUGUGUUUUGGGCAGUUAGCCCCGUGUGGCUCGGCCUCAGGUGGCCCGGCUUCACCAGGAUGCACUGCUGGUGAGGGCAGCUCCACAGUGGACGCCACAACUGAGGCGAAACCACCUGGUCCUGCCUUGCGCUUGCUGUUGGAGCAUCCUCAUGCCGGUCAGAGGUGCAGGCCAGAGCCCAGGACUGGGCUGGCCCCCACCUACACCCUGGCCCGCCUACCAGGCUGCCCCAGUGCUUCUGCCUCCCUCACCCUCCCUGCUUGCUUGGAGGCUUAGAUGGCUGCCCAGGGCUGCGAGGGUCCUCUCCUUCACCCCACCCCUCCCCGUGAGAGUCCAGAGUGGUGGGUCUUGCACCUGUUCUGAGAGCCCCGCUGCUGGGUCCUGAGAGCUCCUCAGGGGCUCAUGGGCCUCUGCACCUCAUCCCUCCCACUCCUGUCCCUUCUGGGAUCUGCCUGGUGGCCUCUUCCUUGGAUGCUGGCCUCUCCUCUCUACCUGGCCAGUGCCCAAGGGCUCAGCCCUGAACAGCUGGGUCUCCAGCAGCUUCUCCUGACCCUGCCCUACUGUGGGCCAACCCACUGCCACUGCUCUUGCACACAAUGUGCUGGAACCAGGCCUCAGGGCAACGGCACCCGCUUCGCUCUAAGACUUUCUGCCCUCUUUCCUUUCUCCCUGUGCAACAGUACCAAGGAAGGGUCAGAGGGAGCCACUUGCAGGCCAUGCAGGUUCACACUCCGCGCGGAGGAGGGCAGGGAGGUGUGCACCCAGCACUGGCCCAGUCCUGGCACCUGGCUCAGGGGGACCAGGGCCAAAAUCAGGAAGAAACACGUCAUCACAACAAUGCCACACCAUCUGCAAAUGGGAUCAGUCUGCGCUCUGUGCUGGUCACAUCCAGAGACUUUUAACUUUUUUUUUGUACAUUCAGAGUGGAUUUAUAUAGAGUUUAUUUUUAAUUCUCUUCCAUUUGAGGAAAAUCAAUCCAUCUCUGAAAAGUAGCUCUAUAAUUUAUCUGUAUUCUAUAUAAUGAAAUAGUUUAGUUCAGUUUAGCUUUUAUAUUCCAUUGAAGUGUUCCCUAAGCACAUGAAAGAACUUCUCUCUUUUUAUAGAAAAAGAAAGGUGUAGCUGAGAAGCAGAGCACUGCUUGGGCCAGGUGGGCGUCACGGCCUAGGAGAAUUUGGUGGUGGCCGCUCACCAAUUUGUUUGUCAAACUGAAAAUCCUUGAAAUAAAUCCAGGGGAAAGAGCAGAUGGAGCACAGGAUACCGCCGCGACGUCCCCCACGCUCCGGGGAUGCUUUCCUGCUUACUGUCCGGGGAUUCUGUUGGAGCACAGUUCUGAAGAGCGGUCCUCACUGGCAGGAGCCCAUGAUAAUGGGGCUUCCAGAGCUGGUCUGGAUUGUCCAUCAGGGCUUUGUUCCCCUGGAGGGGACACAGAGAUGAGGAUUCUGCCAACACUGAAGGGCGGUCAACAAAAGGCCAGGGGGAGUUCCGCCUCCAAACAAUGGGCGGCACUGCUGCGGAAAUCGGGACAGACUUGAAUCUCUAUUUUAGGCUUAAACAAGAUGUGAAGGAGUUCCGCUCUUCCGUCCUGGAGCUUGUGGGCAGCUGUCAGGAGGAGUGCCAGGCCCACCUCUCUGCAGCAGCGGCCGCUGUGCAGAGAGCACAGCUGGACAGUCAGGCUGUGCAAGGCUCUACCCACAGAGAGGGUCCCCGGGAGCCUCGGGACGUCAGGAGCAGGCCUCCAGGACUGGGUCGUGGUGCAGGACUCCUGGGCAAGGCCCCUGGCCGUGGUCCCAGGGUGUGUCCCAUGUGGAGAGCUGCUGGCCUCUCUUGGCGGUCAGAGGCCCUUCGUCUUGAGCAGUCCUUGCAGGACAUGGAGGAGCGCUGCCACCGGGAGAAGCAGAGGAGGCGGGCCCUGCACAACAGCCUGCUGGAGCUGAAAGGAAGCAUCCGAGUUCACUGUCGGAUCCGUCCCUUGCUGCCCUUCGAUAGUGAGUGGAACAGCUCGGCUCCACAUAGCAGCUCCAUCUCGCGAGAAGUGGCCCAUGCACUGGAUGAUGAAACGAUUCUGGUGAAAUGCCAUCGUCCUGGUCACCCUAAGAUCAAUAAGACGUAUAAUUUUGAAAGAGUCUACGGUCCAGCAGAGUCUCAGGAGGCUGUGUUUGCAGAUGUGUGUCCCCUACUGACGUCCUUCCUGGACGGGUUCAACGUGUGCAUCAUGGCCUACGGGCAGACUGGGAGCGGGAAGAGCUACACCAUGCUGGGGCCGCGUGCUGGGGAUGAGCCUGGGCUGCCGUCGGGGGCUCACGCUGACUUGGGAAUUAUCCCCAGAGCCGCGGAGGAGCUCUUCAGGCUCAUUUCAGAAAGUCCACCGAGAAGCCCCACGGCUGAGCUGUCCAUAGUGGAGAUUUACAAUAACGACAUUUUUGAUCUCCUGGCCAAGGAGGGUUCUGGAGCAGCGGCUGGGACCAAGCGUGAGGUCCUGACGACCCGGGAAGGGUGCACAGAGGUCCCCGGUCUGACCUGCACGGCCGUCGCCAGCGCCGCAGAGCUGGUGGCACUUGUCCACGGAGGUCUGCAGCCCAGAGCCAGGCACCCCACCUUGGUGCACAUGGCUUCUUCCAGAUCUCACCUGGUGGUGACGGUGACUCUGACCGUGGUGUCCCCCUCAGACAGCACUGGCCCGCAGCACCAUCCAGCCCCCCUGCAGGGUCACGCUGGGGCAGGGAAGGGGUGGAGCACCUCUCCCCAGGCUCCGCCUCUCCAGCCCCUUCCUGUGGACCACAGGGGUUCUGCGAGGCAAGCGCGGGCCAAGCUGCAGCUGGUGGACCUGGCCGGCAGUGAGUGUGCAGGUGCAUCUGGGGUGACUGGCCUGGCACUAAGGGAGACCUCGUUCAUCAACCGGAGCCUUGCAGCCCUGGCAGAUGUCCUGGGUGCCCUGUCGGAGCGCCGUGGCCACGUGCCUUAUCGGAACAGCAAGCUUACCCACCUGCUCCAGGACACCAUCGGGGGUGAUGCGAAGCUCCUGGUGAUCCUCUGUGUGUCCCCCGGGCAGAAGCACGUGGCAGAGACACUGCAGGGCCUGGGGUUUGGGGCCCGAGCUCGGCAGGCUGAGCGGGGACAGGCUGGGAAGAGGCCUUCCUGCGCCCAGGGACCUGUGGCUGGCUGGCUGGGAGAUCCGCGCACAGCUCAGGCCAAAUCACCCGGCACAGGAGGCCAGAGAGAGGACGGCUCGUCCAAGGAGCCUCCUCCCGGAGCAGGUGGGCAGCAGGUGCUCAGGUGGGUGAGGAGCUGUGCUGUCUGUGCAGCAGGCCCGCAGCCCCCCAGGAGGCCCAGCUCUGCGUGCUGUGCCUCCUUAGACACAAACGAGGCCACAGACCCAGGAGCUCUGCGCACAGGCUCCAGAACUAGACAGACUUGGGCUCUGCCUCCUCCCGGCUUUGUGUCCCAGAGAGGGAAGGCCCCAUUUCCUUGUCUGUGAGCUGGGGUGAAGAUCAGGGGUGCACAGUAUGGGCAGUGAGGCCUGGUGGAGCAGAACAGGUGCCGUACUCACAGCACACCGCCCCGAGGUGUCUGUACGUUGCUUCCCUGGCCAAGUGAGGGCCCAGGCUGGGCACAGUGGCAGGGGAGGUGACGAGACCUCCAGCUCGUGGCCAGGGGUCUAUGAGUAGUCAGGGCUCUGGGCACCGAGGAGGAAACAGCCCAUUUCAUGUCCACCAGCCUCUGGACUCACGCAGCUCCAGGUGUGGGAAACCAACCACAGCAUCGGGGGACUUGAUGCCAGGGCAGUAGAAGGGCCUGGAGGGGGCUGGGGAUCUGCCCGCUGCGGUGUCCGCGUGUGCUGGGAGCCAUGUCACAGGACCCAGUGGCAACCUGAGAGCUGCACUCCUUGUUUCUGACCUUCUGGGCAGAGCCCCGCUGUACCAGGCUGACAGAGAAGCGCAGGAGACCCUGCCCGCAGGCCUGUGGGGAAGGGCUAGACCCGGAGGCCCACAGAGCAGUGGUCGGAAGAGCAGUUUGAAGUCACUUUGUGUUUUCCCCA